CGCCAUAUAACCUGCCUUUCCGGUUCUUCCCAAACAAUACAUGCUAGUUGGCGUCAUCACAUAUACGCCUUUCAGCCUAUCUACCUCCUAUGAUCGCAACAAGCAUUCGACGGCGCAUAAGGGAGGCGCUUACGACGGGAGCUUUGCGGCAAGGUUUGCCGUUACGAUGAUGAGCAGGGUGCGUGAAGCUUGCUUCCUGCGCCCACCUCUCACGGUGUUGACGAUGACAACUGCAGCCAAGCACAACGGUCUGCCGCCUAUUUCCCGCCUGCUUUCCAGGUGCAUGUCACGCUCAGAUGGAAACGCCAGUGAUUAAUGAACCGUUGGCGGCUGAUGUGCUA